UUUUGGAGCAUAGCCGGGCAGCCACGGGUCACUGCUUUACACUACUGCCGGCAGGUGGCAGCACGAAAGUAUUCACGCUUGGGACCAUCGUUUUCUCCAGAGAGUCUUCUUCAGACACCGUUCAGAGAAGCUUCGAAACGGAUACCAUGGAUACGAAAGAAGAUUUAAAUGAUCCCAAGAUAUUCGAGGAUGACUGGGAAGCAGAUCCAGCAGAAAUCGAACUUCCGGAGGAGAAGCCAACAGUACAGGAGAGCAUUCAAGAAACCCUCCAAACCCUCGAUCUUUUUAUGAACAACAAAUUUCAAGAGGCACUCGAUCUAAUGGAACCAUGGGCACAUUGCAGUUCAUAUCAUGCCUUAGGAAAGUCCACUGUGUGUUUCAUUCAAACAAUACUUUCAUUCGAUCCUGACGAUAUAACUCGUUCUAUGGAGAUCCUGAAAGAAAGUGUAGCUGUUUGUAAUAGACUGAGAAGGAAAGGAACUUUGGUAUAUAUCUCUAGACUUCUCAGAGGAGUGGAUUACAACAUGUACACAACAGAGGAGGUACAUGCUGAAUUAUGUUAUGCCGAAUGCCUUUUGUUAACUGCCCUCCUGACGUUCGUUUCUGACAAUUCUUUCGUUAAUUUCAUCAAAGGAGGUCUCCGCAUUAGAGCUUGUUACAGAGCUUACAAGGAAGCUGCGUUAAUUCUUGAAAACAGAAAAUGGGAAGACGAGGAGGACAGACGCCAUUACGAGAGCGGUGUUCGAAUGGGUCUUGGUAUAUUCUAUUUGGUUGUAGCUCAUCUCCCAACCAGAAUCAUCCGAGUUUUGGAAAUGAUUGGGUUCUGUGGUGAUAAAGAAACAGGUCUUCAGUAUAUGUAUGAUUCAGUUGCCUUGGACGGCUCGCUUCGUUCACCUUUGACAGCUUUGUUUCUGCUUUGUUACAACACAAUCAUCACUUAUUUGUUCGGUUUGGCUGAUGGGGAUUUGGUGUCUUCUGAAUUCAUAGUGAAAAAUAUGUUGAAGAAAUAUCCAAGGGGCGCUUUGUACUUAUUCCUUUAUGGUCGUCUGUUAGAAGUCAAAGGGGAGUUCGAUCAGUCAAUCAAUUUACUGCUCGAUUCCUUAACGGUUCAAGACACAUGGCGCCAAAUGAGGAAUUUAGGAUCUUGGGAAAUAAUGUGGUGUUACAGUUUUAAAUUCGAAUGGAAGAAUGCCCAGAAAUAUCUGGAUUUCUUAAGAAAAGAAAGCCGCUGGUCUCCAGCCAUCUACACCUAUGCUUACGCCCUCACUCUCUACAUGCAAUAUCUGGAGGGUGGACGAACAGACAAUGAAAGUUUAGGGGAGAUUCACGACUUGAUGAAGAAAGUACCGAGUCUAAAGCAAAAAUUGGCUGGAAAAUCCUUCCCGCUGGAAAAAUUUGUCGUCGCCAAAGCCAAGAAAUUCGUUGAUCAGAACGACAGACUUAUUUUCCCUUUCUUCGAAAUGAUGUAUGUAUUUAACGUCUUCCCAAUGUUUAAAAGACAUCCAGAAACCAUAAAAAGAAUGCUCGCAAUAAUUGAGAAAGAUGCUCCAGUAGUAAACCAAGACAAAGAUUUUACUGAAGAAGAAGUGGAAGAUUACUGCCUUUCUUUGCUGCUAAAAGCUAUGUGUUACAAGAUUCUUGACGAUACAGAAAAAGCUGACAGUCUUUUGGAUGAACUCCUGGAAUAUGAAAGCCAUUUGGGUGAAGAUAUUUAUCUGGCAACUUAUGCUAUGGCUGAAAAAGGGUACAUGGCCAUGGAAAGAGGACAUUACGAGGAAGCAAUCCAGUGGUUAGAUAGAUCAUGUCAUGCCCACACCGAUUACCACCUGGAAUCCUUCCUCCAUUACCGCAUUCACGCAGCUAUACGUCACAUCCAGACGCUGAGCUCGAUGUUACAGCAGGUGAACCUCGCCGAUGUUCCCAAACAAAGCAAUGGUCUCUACAACUGUUCGAUGAGUCCCACCAACAAAACUGCCGCCAUCAGCAUAUAUGAAUCGCCCGUGCCACCGUCUGUAUCCACCUAGUCGUAGCAUUCUGUGCGGAAAGCGUGAAAGCUAGAAGCAUAAAAGUAUUAAUUACGAUUGCAGGCACCGUUAUAUAAACUUUUUGUAUGCAUACACUAGUGGAAGUUUUUCCAUCUGUUUCGAGAAAUCCGUUCGGUGGAAUUUUUUGUGUUUGCCUAUUAUGUACUUCGUCUGUUGUUUAUAUGAAACUUUACUCUAUUAGUAUGAAAAUUUUCGAACUAUUUUGAUUAUUAUAUAUGCCGAAAUAUCCGGAAUUGUACCGCAAAGCAUAUUUGAAUGCGGUUUAUUUUGUAUAUGGAUAUUGUUGUACAACUUCAUAAAGUACUUAUUAUGUAAAUGAAGAAUAUUUUUAGUACAAAUCUGUCAACGUUUACACAGCAUAUUCACGAUACAAAGAGUGAUAUAUUUUGUAAAAUUAAUUCAAUCAUGUAUUAAAAUCUAAUCUUUCAAUCGUUUUUCAUAAAACCACCCGAUUUACAUUUAUAAAAGAAUUUGUAAUAUUUUGUAUAAAUAUGCCAUGUGAUUUCGCAAGGAAUAAAAUUACAUAAAUGAUACGUAUUGCAAAAUCCUUUUUUAAAUGUUCCAUAAAUUCAACAUUAUAAAAUGUACAGCCUUUUGAAAAUAAAAUACAUUUUUUUCUUCA